GGCCUCGAGCGCACAGGAGCGGUACCAUUCAUGGCGGUAAACCUUCCCUCGCCAGAAGCCAUGGCAGGCAAGGUCGAGCAUGUGUAUGCGUAUGAUGCUGAAUCGUUUACCUGGGUCCUCGCCUGGGUCUGUCUUCAGUAUGAAGGUGGCGUGCGCAGCAAGAACAGACCACUUGAGGAGUUUCUGAAAGUGGAUGCUCUUAGAUGCGCAGAACAAAAGACCCACUUCUGGUCAGUAAGGCUCAGUACCAUGCGUCCAUCGGCAUCGCACAAAGUGUAG